AUGCUCACGCAGGUGGCAGCUGCACUACAUAUCCUCGUCGUUGGAGCCAUCGCUGUGCACCAUCCUGAGCCUUAUCACAAGGCACCCACUGCCAGUUAUGACUUCUCCUACGCAGUGAAGGACGAAGCCAGCGGCAACGACUUCGGGCACCAGGAAUCGCGCCAGGGCUCCAAGACAACAGGGCAGUAUCGGGUGUUGCUUCCCGACGGCCGCACGCAGGUCGUGACCUACACAGCCGACGAAACGGGGUAUCACCCGGUCAUCACUUAUGAGGGAGGGGCAAAGUACCCUAGUCCUAAGUCUAGUUAUAAACCGACUCCAUACCCACACCAUCCAGCGCCGCCCCCAUACAAGCACCCACUGACACCCUUCAAGCCCUUGUUCACCGAACCUGAGGAAACGACUGCGCCCUACAAGGUGACUACGUCGCCCAAAGGGCACGCGUCCUCCGUCUCGCCCAAACCGAAGCCUUCCGAGGCUACCAAAAAAGCACAUCAUCACAAACAACCACAUCCCUACCCAACUCCUUACAGACCACUGUACCCAGCCCAUUCACAUCAUCACGAGUCACAUUUACCGAGGCCCGUUCCACCUCCGCAUAACCCACCACAUCAUCCAGGUCCUCAUCAUCCAGAGCCUCCUCAUCAUCAUCAUGAUCAUACACACCCACUCGCACCACACUAUCCACCGCCACACCAUCCCCACCAUCCGCCUCAUCCAUUCAAACCACUCCAUAAGGGACCGCAUCCUCAUCCUCAUCCACCGCCACAUGCAAGUCCCCAUUAUCCACACAUCACUUCUUAUCCUUAUCCUCAUCCACAUGAAGGGCCCAUCCAUUCCCACAUACAUGGGGAUCCCCAUCAUCCACACCCAUACAAAGGACAUCCUCCUCCACCACCUCCUUACAAAGGUCAUGUCCACCUUCCACCUUACGAAGGCCACAGUCUCCCUCCUCCUUACAAAGAGCCGGUCCACUCUCCUCAGUACAAAGUUCCUGCCCAUCCGCCCACACACAAAGCACCUAUCCAUCCAACAACACACAAAGCACCCAUAUAUCCACCCACACACAAAGCACCUGUAAAUCCACCCACACACAAAGUGCCUAAAUAUCCACCCACACACAAAGCACCUAUAUAUCCACCCACACACAAAGCACCUAUCCAUCCACCCACACACAAAGCACCUACCCGUCCACCCACACACAAAGCACCUAUAUAUCCGCCCACACAAAAAGCACCUAUAUAUCCACCCACACACAAAGCACCUAUAUAUCCACCUACACACAAAGCACCUAUAUAUCCACCUACACACAAAGCUCCUAUAUAUCCACCCACACACAAAGCACUUACCCGUCCACCCACACACAAAGCACCUAUGUAUCCACCUACAAACAAAGCACCUACCCCUCCACCCACACACAAAGCACCUAUCCACCCAACAACACCCACAAAACCCACCCAUCCACCCACAACCGCCAAAUUCACAAGGAAAGCACUCCUCAGUCCACUUCGAGAAUCCAUCCACGCACCCACACAAAAGGAAUUAGCCCUCACUCCCACACAAAAGGGAGCCGUCUAUCCACCCACACAGAAAGGAGGUCCCACCCACUCGCCUAAACACAAAGAGCACCCACAGGACCCUAAAGAGAGCCAAUCGGGGAAGCGUGAACCGCUACCCAAGCCACAAAAGACCUACAAUGGGGUGUAUUACCCACAGCCGACCUACUCGCCGCUUCUUCAACCUUCGAAGCCUCCCAUAAGGUACUAAGACAAGUUGAAGAAAAAAUACAAUAAAAGAAUAAAAACAAAAACAUUCCAAAAGUUCAAAGCUUGUAUAGGUAGGUACAGUAAUUCCGUAGUUUAAGGUGUAGCGUCAGUUUUACUUAUGAAAGUAGUCUUAUCACUAAGACCUCGAUGUAAAUGCAGAGCCUAUGAUGGUAAAUGCCUUAUAUAAAGAGGCAAACAUAUAAAAUCAAUUGCAAUAACAUUUCAGAAUUAUUAAUA